AUGUCAGCCCCAGUGCCAGACACGGUCUGGACAUCGGGCGACGCCAACAACCCACCCCCGGCUGCCGACACUGCACAACAUGGAUCUGUGGCCACCGAGCCUUUGGAAAGAGUCGGCACAUCCAAGGAACUGAACGACGAGAAAGUCCUAGAUAGGGAAUACGUACAACAAAAGGAAGCCGAGAAACACGAUGCAGAGAAACAUGGUCGCUCUCCACUGGACCGUCACCAGAGUGACUGGACGUCUUCCUCGAGCAGCAAUGAGACGCCGGACGACAAGAGUGAGAGGAGCAUAGAUCAAGAAAAGCAGACGUGGAGCGAGAAAAUAAAUCCAUUCAAAAGCAAACACAAGCCGCCGAUACCCACCGAACAGGGAGAGUCGAGAGAAUACAAAGCCAAUUUCUUCAGUCACCUCACCUUCCAAUGGAUGGCACCCAUUAUGAACGUUGGAUAUCAAAGACCCCUUGAACUUAACGAUCUAUGGAAAGUCAACCCGGACCGCAGCGUAGAUGUCUUAUCUGCAAGACUGAAGGCCGCCUUCAAGAAGAGAGUCGACAACGGAACCGAGAACCCCCUGAAGUGGGCUCUUUACGAUACCUUCCGAAAUGAGUUCUUACUGGGAGGGUUAUGUGAACUCAUCGCCGCCGUCGUCCAGGUUUUGGCUCCAUUUGUUCUCCGUUAUCUAAUCAACUUUGCUACCGAUGUCUGGAUAGCUGAGAGAAGAGGAACACCCAAACCUGAUGUUGGCCAUGGUAUCGGUUUGGUAAUUGCAGUUACCGCUUUACAGAUGAUUCAGAGUGUUUGCACAAAUCAUUUCUUGUAUCGAGGUAUGACCGUUGGUGGUCAAGCUCGAGCUGUCACGAUCGCUGUCAUCUUCGAGAAGGCCAUGAAACUAUCUGGAAGAGCAAGAGCUGGAGGCAAAUCAAGCACUGCGCCUGUUGGUCUUCCCCCUGGUAUCACCCCUGGUAGUAAGGAGGAAAAGAAAUGGCUGAAAGCAAAGCUUAAGAAGGAUAAGUCAAGUUCGAAAGACAAANAAGGAGUUUCUGGCAGCGGAGAAGGCUGGUCAAACGGCAGGAUCGUCAAUCUUAUGUCUACCGACACCUAUCGCAUUGAUCAAGCUUCUGGAAUGUUCCACAUGAUUUGGGCUUCACCAAUCUCUAUUGUUUUGACCCUCGUCCUGCUUCUUAUCAACAUCAACUACAGUGCACUGGCUGGAUUCGGACUCCUCAUUGUGGCCAUGCCCCUGCUUGGUCGAUCAAUCAAAAGCUUGUUCGUUCGCAGAAAGGCCAUCAACAAAGUCACUGAUCAGAGAGUUGGUCUCACUCAGGAGAUUUUGGCUGGUGUGAGAUUCGUCAAAUACUUUGGGUGGGAGAGCAGUUUCCUUGACCGCCUGAAGGAGAUCCGACGUAGAGAAAUUGGCAAGAUUCAGUUCUUGUUGAACAUUCGUAACGGCAUUAUGGCUGUCUCCAUGUCUAUGCCCGUAUUCGCUUCUAUGUUGGCCUUCAUCACCUACAGUCUUACAGACCACAACCUUCAGGCAGGAAAAAUCUUCUCAUCUUUGGCUCUUUUCAAUGGUCUCAGAUUGCCGCUCAACUUACUGCCUCUCGUAAUUGGCCAGACUGUCGACGCUAGUGCAUCGAUUCGCAGAAUUGAAGAGUUCUUGCUGGCCGAAGAAGCACUGGACGAAGCCGCUUGGGAUUACGAAGGCAAGGAUGCCAUUGUCAUGAAGAACGCUAAUUUCACUUGGGAAAGAACUCCCACUCAGGAGACAGAAAAGAAGCCAGUUGGAGCUCCCGGAUCUAAAGAAGCGAAGGCUGCCAGGAAAGCUGACAAGAAGGCUGACNCAGAAGGCCGAAAAACAAGCGAAGAAGGAUGCAAAGAAGGCCACCAAAGAGGCAUUGAAGAACGCCAAAAGGGCGGUGAUCUCGAGGCUUCUGACAGCAGCACCACCUUGGCUGAAGAUAGCGAACAUCCCUUCGAGGUCAAGGGCCUCAACCUCUCGAUUGGCCGCGAUGAACUUGUCGCAGUCAUCGGAAGUGUUGGUUCUGGCAAGACUUCGAUCCUGGCUGCACUUGGAGGAGAAAUGCGCAGGACUGCAGGCGAGGUUACCUUCGGAGCUUCACGAUCUUACUGUCCUCAGUAUGCCUGGAUUCAAAAUGCCACUGUCAAGGAGAACAUCACUUUUGGAAAGCCAUUCGAUCAGGAUUGGUAUGACGCCGUGGUGGAUGCUUGCGCUCUGAGACCCGAUCUCGAUAUGCUUCCUAACGGUGAUCUUACUGAGAUUGGAGNNAGGGGUAUCACUGUAUCUGGCGGUCAGAAACAACGUCUAAACAUUGCAAGAGCCAUUUACUUCCNNAAUGCCGACAUCGUCCUUAUGGAUGACCCGCUUUCGGCUGUUGACGCUCAUGUUGGACGACACAUUAUGGACAAUGCUAUCUGUGGACUUCUCAAAAACAAGGCUCGUGUUCUUGCUACUCACCAACUUCACGUUCUACACCGUUGCGACCGCAUCAUCUGGGUUCAAGACGGUACUGCAUACAAGAUCGACACCUUCGAUAACCUUAUGGCGACCGACGCAGAUUUCCAGAAGCUCAUGGCUACUACUGCUAAAGAGGAAAAGAAGGAAGAUGAAGAUGAAGAGGUCGAUGGUGAUGAGGUCGAGGAAGAGAAGAAGGACGUCAAGAAGACAAGUGGUGGUAAGAAGCCAGCCGCAGCACUCAUGCAGGUCGAAGAACGUGCCGUCAAGAGUGUCUCGUUUGGUAUUUACAAGGCUUACAUCAAGGCUUCUGGUUCUCUUGCUGUUGCACCUCUGAUCCUUCUGACCCUCAUUUUGUCGCAGGGCGCCAACAUUUCAACCAGUCUGUGGUUGUCAUGGUGGACUUCGAACAAGUUCGGCUACAGCAAAGGAGAAUACAUUGGAGUCUACGCCGCGCUCGGUGUAUCGCAGGCUAUACUCAUGUUCGCAUUCUCCAGCACGCUGACCAUCUGUGGUACUCGAGCCAGUGCAACUCUACUUCACAAUGCAGUCACUCGAGUUCUUCGCGCACCAAUGUCAUUCUUCGACACGACACCGCUUGGACGCAUUACCAACCGCUUCUCCAAGGAUGUUGACACCAUGGACAACGCCUUGACCGAUGCUUUCCGCAUGUUCUUCAUGACAAUGGCGCAGAUCAUCGCCGUCUUCAUCCUGAUCAUUGCCUAUUACUACUACUUCGCUGCUGCUCUGGGUCCUCUGUUCAUUAUGUUCUUAUUCGCCGCAAGCUACUAUCGCUCUUCAGCACGUGAGAUCAAGCGCCACGAAGCCGUCCUUCGUAGCAGUGUUUUCUCUCGCUUUAGUGAAGCAGUGUCUGGUGUCGCGACCAUUCGUGCUUACGGACUGCAGGACCAGUUCUCGAGAUCCGUGCGUGAUGCAAUCGACAACAUGAACUCUGCCUACUAUCUCACCUUCUCGAACCAACGCUGGCUUUCUGUACGUCUUGACGCUAUCGGUACUCUUCUCGUCUUUGUCACUGGUAUUCUGGUUGUCACUGCCAGUUUCUCUGUCAACCCCAGCAGUGGUGGUCUGGUUCUGUCAUACAUUCUCUCAGUCGUGCAGAUGAUUCAGUUCACUGUCCGCCAACUUGCUGAAGUCGAAAACAACAUGAACUCUACCGAGCGUAUCUACUACUACGGCAACAAUCUCGAGGAGGAAGCUCCUCUUCACACAGUCGAGGUUCGUCCCUCGUGGCCUGAGAAGGGAGAGAUUGUCUUUGACAAUGUUCAAAUGCGUUACCGUGCAGGUCUUCCUCUUGUUCUCAAAGGCCUGAACAUGCACGUUAACGCAGGUGAACGUAUUGGUGUUGUUGGCCGUACUGGUGCUGGAAAGUCUACCAUCAUGUCCACUCUCUUCCGUCUUGUGGAGCUCAGUGGCGGAAGCAUUACAGUCGAUGGUCUCGACAUUGCCAAGAUUGGUCUCAGAGAUUUGCGAUCACGUCUUUCAAUCAUUCCACAGGACCCUACUCUGUUCAAGGGUACUAUUCGCAGUAACCUCGACCCUUUCAAUGAACACACAGACAUGGCACUGUGGGGUGCACUUCGUCAAGCCGAUCUAGUUGGCGAGGAGCAAGACAUCACCGAUUCAUCCUCUCGUAUCCAUCUCGAUGCGCCUGUUGAGGAAGAAGGUUUGAACUUCUCCCUUGGUCAACGACAACUCAUGGCUCUGGCCCGUGCUCUUGUACGUGGCAGCCGUAUCAUUGUCUGUGAUGAAGCAACCUCCUCGGUCGACUUCGACACCGACCAGAAAAUUCAGCGCACGAUUGUCAAGGGUUUCCAAGGCAAGACCCUUCUGUGUAUUGCUCAUCGUCUGAAGACCAUCAUUGGAUACGAUCGUAUUUGUGUCAUGGAUCAGGGACAGAUCGCCGAGCUCGAUCGACCCAUUACCCUCUACGACCAGGGAGGUAUUUUCCGCAGCAUGUGUGACCGCAGCGGCAUUCGCAGGGAAGACUUCUUCGCCAGCGCUGAAGCCAACUUCAGCGAGUGA